AUGGUUUGGAAUUACCCAGAAAUUUCCAGGGAAGAUUUCAUGAAGCUAUUGAGAGGGUUUGUGGAUUUGCUCAUCCUCGCAUCGGGUUUUCAAUCUUCUGGUGUUCCCGCUCAUUGGGAUGCUGAGAAUUGCAGAAGAGCUCUUCAAUGGGGUCUCUUCUUCGAAAAUAUGUUAAGAAGCAUAAUUAGUUCAGACACAUUUGGAGAAUCAGUGAGAGAGCUUGACGAAGCAAUCUCCGAGAUAAAAGCUAACCCUUUGUUCCCAAAGGGUCUAGAGAAUCUAUCAUCAAGUACUCUCUCGAAAGGAAGAGAAUUUGUGUUAGAGCAUUUGAUGAAUAACUCAACACUGAAGGAUAAACAACUCCAAGCUAUUCUGGUUGCGGCAGUAGAAUCAGGUGAUGGUAUUGCAGACGUAAUCGAUGUGGAACUCUGCAAGAGGCAAUCUGUUGUGUCAUGUGUAUCAUCACUUGAGUCAGGUUUGAAGAUCCUUUUCAAGAACAUUGAGCCAAAAGACUCACUACCACUACAGAAAGAAGAUGAGGAUACAACUUUGUUAAGCCGGAGACAACAGCCUGUUGAACUUUUGACAUGGAACAUGUGGCAAUCGAAAGGCUUAUCGUAUUUUCUCAGUAAGAGAACUUUGAGAUUGGUAUCGGGAGCCAGCUUGAUAUUUUCUGCACCGAAAGCUCAGUGGGGAGAAGUGUUAAGAAGGCUGAAGGUUUCAGCUACGAAUGAUGAUGCUAUAUUCAUCGAGAAGAUCGAGCUCUUGUUACUAGGACGCAUUACAAGCAGUUGGACUCGUGUAAUCGAAGGUGUCAUGUCAGUUUCGUACAAAUCGAUUACUGUGUCAGAACAAUAUGAGGAGCUAUGUAAGCUGCUUCUUCAAAGAUCUAAAAGUUUAAAACAGAGCGAGAUUGAUUUGAAUUCAAAGGUUGAAGAGAUUCUUGAGUAUCUAACAGAAAUACUGGAGAGUCGUUUUCAUCUCCUCUGGAAAUUGCCUCCUGCUCUUACCGCAGCUGCAAUUCCAUCAUGGUCACCGCUGUUUGGUCAGUAUCUUGGCGAAAUAGAGAAACAGUUGAAACUAGACCACUCAACAACAAGAUGUUGUAACUGCGAGAAAGAUCUAAACGAGCACAAGAACUAGUUUGAAGAGACUUCAGUUCCGGAAAUGGGGAAAGAGAAUCGGAAGCUCGACGACGGCCUCAGCGACGCUAGGAAACGCAGAGGAAAGAACGAUUGUGGCGUAUGCGUUCUCAUGUUGUGGGAAACCGAGCGUUCUCCUGAAGCAGUUCGUUUGGAGGCUGAAAUCGCGUUUGAGAUUGUUGCGGAAGAGUGA